AUGGCCACAGGCAGCCUCAGCCUCGGCCUCAGCCUCAGCCUCAGCCACAGCCACAGCGGCCCACACCCCCGACGGCUACCGCCAAGCCACACCUGCUGGCCCGUGCGCCAGGCCCCGCGGAAUCGCUCGCCUGGCCGCGCACAAAAUCAAAUUUGCUCCAAAAUCCAUCGCCCUCCAUCCGACAUCGUCGCCUGCCCUGUCAAGAGACCUGUCCAGACAGCCCUAUUCAACACCGCCAAAAUGCCUCGCGAGGUCGCCGACAUCAAGAAGUUCAUCGAGAUCUGCCGUCGCAAGGACGCUUCGUCCGCGCGGAUCAAGAAGAACAAAAAGUCCAGCAAUGUCAAGUUCAAGGUCCGAUGCCAGAAGCACCUGUACACCCUGGUGCUCAAGGACACCGAGAAGGCUGAGAAGCUGAAGCAGAGCCUGCCUCCCACUCUGUCCAUCUCCGAGGUCGGCAAGAAGAUCUAA